AUGGCGUCAGCGUCAGACUUGCAUGGUUCUUCUCCGGUUCCGACCUUGCCCCAACCAAACGACAACGGUCGCGCUCAUAUGUCCUCCCUUUCCUCAUCCUCAUCCAUCUCCGACACAGAAACAGAACGAAGGGGGCGCUCUGAACGCCCUCGCAUGGCCAGUCGGAAACCUAGUGCUUCCAUCCUGGUACCCCGAGAUCACCCUGAAAUUGAAAUCGAAGAAGAAGAAUUCCCACCCGACGACGCGCGAGCCAUGAGUCCCCGCCGUAAUUCCGCGGAUUUGGAGCGACUGGGCAAGGAGGCCAGACAGACCCUCCAAGAACAAGCCAAAGCCUUGCAAUCGUCUCUUCAAGCCCUUGCAGAACGUAUAGAAGCGGUCAAAUCCGAUCAUGACAAACUCGAAAGCGAGAACAAAUUCCUUCAGGACUACAUUGGGGGCCUUACUCGAAACAUGACCAAGGGCGAGUUGACAAGGUCCAGCACCAAAGUGAAAAAGUCGCAGAAAUAG